CAGAAAGCGGAGGAUCUUCACGCACAGUGGACACUUUCUCUACUGGAACUCAGCGAAAGAAUAGUAAUAAUCCAAUAAGCAUCAGGCAUAUUAGAGGAACUUUGCUGGAAUAUUGAUCGGAAAACUUUGGUCUUGACCACACCACAACACCGCGGACAAGCUUGGACCCUGAAUGCCAGGCCCUGUGUGUGCAUGUGUGUGAGCAUGUUUGUGUGAGUGCUUUUAAGCGUGUGUAUUUCCAGACUUCUGAGUGCCUUUCAGUGAGUGAACGUGUCUUGCUUGUAUAAGUGCGAGGAUGAGGGCCGUCGCCGCUCUGCUGUGUCUCCUGAUGGUCGCCGAGGCCGGAGCCUCUCGGUUCGUCCGCGACACCCAGGGCGGCCCUGAGGCUUCAGAACUCUCCAAGAGUAACGUAUCUAUCCCGCUUCCGCCCCCACAGCUGGGCCGGCCGCGGAGCUCCUUCCCACCCAUGUGCAUAAAACCCACAGAGAUCAAGCACGCCUUCAAGUAUGUGAACACCAUCGUGUCCUGCCUGAUCUUUGUGGUGGGGAUCAUCGGCAACUCAACGCUGCUCAGGAUCAUAUAUAAGAACAAGUGCAUGAGGAAUGGACCCAAUGUCCUGAUCGGCAGCCUGGCUCUGGGGGACCUGCUCUACAUCAUCAUUGCCAUCCCCAUCAAUGUGUUUAAGCUAAUAGCCGAGGAUUGGCCGUUCGGUGUGUACGUCUGUAAGUUGAUGCCGUUCAUCCAGAAAGCUUCAGUGGGAAUCACCGUCCUCAGCCUGUGUGCCCUCAGUGUUGACCGCUACCACGCGGUGACGUCAUGGAGCAGGGUGAAGGGGAUGGGGAUCCCUCUGUGGAAAGCGGUGGAGGUGACGCUGAUCUGGCUGGUGGCUGUGGUGCUCGCAGUCCCUGAGGCGCUGGCAUUCGACAUGCUGGAGAUGCCGUACAGAGGCAAUAAGCUGCGUGUGUGUCUACUGCAUCCAGAACAGACAACCAGCUUUAUGAAGUUUUACCAGGACGCGAAGGACUGGUGGCUGUUUGGCUUCUAUUUCUGCUUCCCACUGGCCUGCACAGGAAUCUUCUACACACUCAUGUCCUGCGAGAUGCUCAGUCGCAAAAAAGACAUGCGCAUCGCACUCAACGACCACAUGAAACAGCGGAGGGAAGUUGCCAAGACGGUGUUCUGCCUCGUGUUGAUUUUCGCUCUCUGCUGGCUGCCCCUUCAUCUCAGCCGCAUUCUGAAGAAAACUAUUUAUGACCAAAAUGACCCGAACCGCUGUGAACUUCUCAGCUUCCUGUUAGUGAUGGAUUACAUCGGCAUCAACAUGGCCUCCCUAAACUCCUGCAUUAACCCUAUUGCCCUCUACUUUGUCAGCCAGAAGUUUAAAAACUGCUUCCAGUCUUGCCUGUGCUGCUGGUGCUACAGAACAUCUCCCCUGGAUGAACGAGGCUCGGGAGGACGCUGGAAGGGCUCUUGUCACGAGAACGGACUGGACCGCUCCAGCUCCCGCUCCAGUCAGAAAUACACAAACUCUUCAUAAACACACACACACGCACACACACACACACACACACACACACACACACACACACACACACACACACACACACACACACACACGUAUCGUAUGCCAAACAAGUUUCCCCUUCAGGUCGUCCCAUCAUGGACAAGUGAGGAGGGAGAAAAUGUCACAGAAAAGUCACAGAAGUCACAGCGGACUGAAAGAAGAAAGGAUGAAGUGACAGGACUGUACCUGUUCAAGCUGUGAUACUAAAUGCAUACUCCAACACUGAGGCUUGUGUAGAGAACUAAAAGUCUCAACAUUUAUACACGAUGUUUAUUAAAUGUAAAUGUAUGUACCGGAUCAUUUACAAGCGGACCCUAUGAUUAUAUCCAGCCUUAGUGCUUUGUGUAUGAAUAACAGCGCUGAUACUUGUUGAAGCUGUAAUACCUCACUAUUAUUUUCCAAAAGAUCUUUUCUUUUUUGUGCACGACUGUGCAUCUGCAAUGUGAACACCAUCAAACGCUGAUUAUCCGAAAAUCAACUGCAUGCUGUCACUGAGCGUCCUCAAUCCCAUGUGGCCUGGUGACAUCAUACUAGAGUAGAAUGGGCCCCAGUGUCAUGUGGGGAGCCAAUAAUCAGAAAUCUUUUAUCUGGAAAUCAUCGGUGCAUGAAGUCAUGUGGAGGCCAGCUGUUGUCUCAGAACACUGACAAACACCAGAUGACUCCCAUCAUGCCACACAGAAGAGGUCAUUUAUUAGUACUUUUAUUAUCGUAGUAUUCAAGCUGUUGUACGCGUUUCCACUGUGUAUAAAGUCUUAACCUGUCCCUCAUAAUAAUGUAGCUUCUAUUUUUCUAAGAAAAUAUCACAAAACACGUGAACAUUUUGUAACAUGAGGUAUUCAUUUAUUAUUUCUAAACAUUUCGGCUUCAUCGGUGAGUGGUCAUGUUUCAAAGAUGUUCGUGUGGCAGCUGGAAAUGAGUCUGGAAAUGACAUCUGAGAACUGCUCGCAGAAAACAUUUCCUAAACUUGACCCAUUUAAAAGCUUUAGGAAGGAAUCCUAUUCAGCUUGGACGUUUUCAAGAAGUGAAUGUUUUUAUUGGGGGAUUACAUUUCUUUAACCGUGUCAUAGAAAUGUUCAGAUGUAUUAGUUGUUUCCAUUGAACAUAAUCCAUGUCAAAUUCAGGAUCUCUAAUGUGUUUAACCAACAUUAUUUGUGCAGGAGAGAUGCAGGGUAAGGAAGGAGCUCAGGAUAAGACUUAUGUGGGUUGCAACACACGAAGAGAAAUGUGUUCCUAAUAUUUUAUGAUUAACUUCAGAGUCGGAACGUCUCUGGCUAGAAGUAGCUGCAAGUGCUCAGUAGUCACUUGUGACUAAUCUUGAGAUGUCAGCACAUCAUUAAAUAGCUAUCUACAAAAUGUACUGCACUUUAACAAGUCAGACAUGCGUAUGAAAAACCUGCAGGUUACAAUUCAAUGUAAGAAAUCUUCAAAACGUUUUAAAAGCAUCCUGUAGUGAGAUAUACUGCUGAUACUAGCACAAGAUGAAUCCAUUUUUGCUGGCUCUCAGUACAUCAUGACUAUGAUGGAAACCUUAUUCUGAAUUUUAUAAAUCAAACUAAUGAGCAAAUGUGUCCUCUUUCAACAGUGAAUGUGUGCUGAGAAACCAGACAUGGUGUUUGUACACACUGAAGCUUUUUAAAAUCGAUAUAAUUUAACCUAUAUAUAUAUAUAUAAAUGUACAGACAAAAUAUUUCCAUUGCUGCUGUAUUAGAGUGCUCAUAUCAGCUGAUCGUGCAGCAUGUGACUCAAUAACUCAACAUGUGUAUUUAUGCAUCUUCGCCCUGCUUCAAGCUACAGCUAGAGGUGACUGUGUACUGGAAGCUCUGAGCAGCUUUGUGACGGUCCAUAUAGACAUUCAGAAGUUAUUCAAGGUUAAAAAUGAAAUGUAAUGUGAAUAUGGUGUUUUAAUUACAUUUAUACAAUACUUAUUUGUUGAGAUUAUGCUGUAAUAAAUAUACUUUUAUAGCA